GAUCAGUAAGAUCUGAAGGGGAAAAAUUGAGAGCGUCUCUCUCCUGGGUACAUUCGCGUCCCAGCCUUUUUCCGUCCGUACAGGGUAAGCGAGGUUGAAUCCAUGGAAAGCUGAUGUUUUGAGUUCGGAUUUUUGGGUUUCUUGGCCGAUUUUCACCUCUGCUUUCAACUCUGCACCUGGAUUUGAAAUUGGAAACAUGAAUUACGGCCAAAAACGUAAACCCGUAUUGGAAAUUUGCGAUUCAAAUACGAUGAAGGUUAGGUGUAUGUUUGAGGCUUUGAUUUCACUCUCAGGGUGUUCUCUUGGUCGUUUUUGACUUUUGAUUUCAAUUCCGUCACUGGAUUUGUGAUUUGAACAACGAAUUAGGGCCUUUUUCUGGACAGUGCUCGUCGAAGGUACUGUUCACCUGCGAAGAACAACGAACUCUGUUUGCUGGUUACUGUACCAGUAAUGGCGAAGAAGAAACAGGUAGCUGGAGAGGUUUCCAAUACGAGAGUUACCAGAUCGUCACCUAGAUUUGCUGUCCUGGACGGAAUCGAGGAUGACUUUCCUUCCCUGAGCUAUGGGAAUACCGUACAGGGGACUGUGAUGGUUAAAACUGCUGCGAUGGCUAAAAAUAAAGGGAACGAUGCUACUGAGAAAGCUGACUUCAGUCAAACGAAUGCUGCAAAAUUUUCUGAGAACAAUACUGCUUCCAGCAACCCUGGAGCACCUAACAUCCAGAUUCCUGGAGCAUGGACAGUUCAUUCCACCGUGAAAGAUGCAGGUGCUGGAAAAAAUGGGGCAGAUUACUCUACAGAAGGGCUUGCUCCUCACACAGUUGCUAAGCAGGCAGAACCUACUGAUGCCAAUUCACUGGAGAAGAACCAAAAAACAAAUGGGGCUACAGGGGUUAUCGCGCAGGGCAGGCAGGCAGAAAUCCAACCUGCUGCUCAAAGCCAACCUGCUGCUCAAAGCCAACCUGCUGCAAACUAUAUGAUGCCCACUGUAAAGCCUUGGAAUGCACUGUUCAAAGACAAUCGAGACCCCUCAAAUGGUCUCAAAUUGAGGUACAUCCCGCCAAAAGGCAACUCCCUAGACUUCGUUGAUAGGAAAUUUCCUUCCAUGGUUGAAAUGUGGGGGUUUUGCCUAGUUGGAAUGUUCACCGGAAAACACCCCGGGCUUAAGGCUAUAUAUGACCUGAAGAACACAUGGGGGGUGAGUUGCAUUGUUAAAACCCAUCAUAGGGGGUGGGUUAUUUUUUAAAUUUCAUACUGACGAAGAUAGAGAAAAAGUGUUGAAAGGGGGGCCUUAUACCAUUUUUGGCAUACAACUCAUGCUGAAAACACUCUCCUAAGAUUUUUCUUUUGAUGAUGAUGAGUUCCUUAAGGUCCCGAUUUGGGUAAAAUUUCCAAAUUUACAUAUGAAACUUUGGAAUGAAGAUGCGAUGAGUGAGGUUGCUUCCAUGGUUGGGGUUCCAUUAUCUACGGAUAAAGUAACUCAAGAUAGGAGCAAUCAUUCCUAUGCUAGGGUGCUGAUUGAGGUUGAUGUCUCCAAACCACCGCCGCUAUCUUUUCCUAUUCGACUACCUUCCCGCAAAGUAGUCAAGCAAUAUGUGGUUUAUGAGACCUUUCCUAACUACUGUUUCCAUUGCAAAGAAUAUGGGCACCACCCAUUUAUUUGCAAUGUUUUAAAGGAACCUGAUGCUGCUGUUUUUAAGGAACCUGCUUCUGCUGCGCCUAAAACUGUUGCACCGGAACCUGCUGGUGUAAUUCAGCCGGAACCUGCUGCUGCAAUUCAGCCGGAACCAGCUGGUGCAAUUGAGCCGGAACAUGCAACAAUUGAGCCGGGAGUUGGUGCCACAGAUUUGCACACUGAUCAGGGAGAUGCAAGGUCAGAGCCGACUGCCCAAGGGUCUUCCAAAGGUGAUGAUAAGAAUGUAUCGGCUGCCAUGACUGAAUCAGAGGGGGAAGAGGACACAGAAGAUGAGGAAUCGGAUGAUGAGCCAAGGGAUGAAGAGGAACAGAAAAUUCUUGAUGACUACUGGGAAAAAAUUACACAAUAUAGGAAGAAGAAGAAAAAGAUGGAAGCUGAGCCUGUUCAAAUAGGUUUAGGCUAAUUUGAUACAGAUCCCACUGGUGGGUAUUUAUGGUUGUUUUUAUUACCCUGAUUUGGUGGACAUGGGGGAUGCCCCAUUAUUUGAUGAUGCAUUAUGUUUAGGUUAGAUUUAUCUAACUUAGAUAGCCUUUGUUGAUUUCGUGUGAUACAUUGUAUAAUGUUAUUUUUGGGUGACUUUUAUAUAUACUUACAUUUCAUCCAAAA